GGUAACACAUCAACAGUAGCGGCCUUGGCAGAGUACCAAGGGUCCAUUCUGGCUACGCCAGCCAGUGCCAUGACAUCGCUGCCCCCAACUUGACUCACCCUGUAACAAGCUGGGCUCCAGAUUGCAACAUCCAACAGCACAGCCUGCCUAUAUCCAGUAAGUGGCCAACACCAGAACCUGGAACAUCCACGCAUAGCCCAAGUCCUGGCAUGGACACGGAGGUGUGGUUAGUGAUCACAUGCUGUCCACUGAGCCCAAUUCUAUCAACACCAACAGAGUCCGCCAUCUGCCUGUUACCCCUCUACCUCCUCAUCAGUUGUGCCCAGUACCUACGUCCAGAGCCCUGACCCAAAAUACCCAAGUGUGUGCUGUUCGCAGAUGCUUGUUCAUGGAUACCAGCAUGGGCAAAAGCACUGGGACCAAGGCUGAGCGCCUAGUGGGAGGUCAAUACAAAAUGCUCAGGAAGAUCGGAUCAGGCUACUUUGGCAAUGUUUAUCUGGCCGUUAAUAUCAUCAGUGGAGAAGAAGUGGCCAUGAAGGUGGAGCCUCAGUAUGGCAGAAACCCAAGGCUGAGGGUCGAGAAUGCCAUAUAUAAACUGCUUCAAGGAGGCAUUGGCAUCCCGCGCCUGCAAUGGUUUGGGCAAUAUAGUGGUCAGAACAUUAUUGUCCUUGACCUUCUGGGACCUACCCUGGAAGACCUCUUUGAGUUUUGUGCAAGAAGCUUCUCAAUGAAAACCAUCCUUAUGCUGGCUGAUCAAAUGAUUGGUAUCCUGGAGUACGUACACUCCCAGAGCGUGUUACACAGAGAUAUUAAGCCUGAGAAUUUUUUGAUGGGAAUGGGAAGGGAGUGUAACAAAGUUUUUCUGGUUGACUUUGGUCUUGCUAAGAAAUACCGGGAUAGCAAGACCAGACAACACAUACCAUACCGAGAGGAUAAAGGUCUCGUUGGCAGCAUCCGAUAUGCCAGCAUCAACACACAUCGCGGCAUCGAGUACAGUCGACGUGAUGAUAUGGAAUCAUUAGGAUAUGUCCUCAUAUAUUUCAACAGAGGCAACUUGCCCUGGGAGGGAUUAAAGGCUGAUAAUAAGAAACCAAUACAUGAAAAAAUCGGUGAGAAGAAGAUGUCCACUCCAGUUGAUGAUCUUUGUAGAGGGUUUCCUUCAGAAUUUGCUACUUACCUGAACAUCUGUCGCCAGUUGGGCUUUGAGGAAACACCUAAUUAUAUAUAUCUCAGGCAAAUUUUCCAGCUCGCAUUUAGAAACCAGAAUUUUCAGUAUGAUAAUGUAUUUGAUUGGGCUGUGCUACCACCCAGAGCUCCUCAUCUGGCGUCUUCUUCUAUGGAGUAGAUACAUCACACCUAUACCAUUGCAGGAGAGCAAGAUAAAAAGGACAAGAAUGAGAAGAUUUCUGAACACAAAGGGGCUACCUAGAAGCAUAGCAUGGCAUCUAGCAAUCACUUUAAUAUUCAACCCACCACUUUUGGAUCAUCAAUGCAGUAGCCAGCCAAUACACAUGGACAAUUUUUCAAAAAGAGUAAUACCUUAGUUCACCGUAACCUGG